AUGAGCUAUAAUAGACGUCCUGGUGAUUCCAAUAGGCUACACCCUAAUAGAUACGGCUCCUACCACAACGAACCAUCGGACGAGGACUCGUCGAUUGAUGAGCACGAUGUUUCCAACACUCCUUUGACGCAAGGUACCUAUAACAACCACCACCACCAAAACGUAUCUUCAAACUCGAUAAACUUCCAACACCCGGAACCGAUAUAUCGCCAUAAUCAAUCGUCGACUUCCCUAGGUGACGAUUAUUACAACCAGCCAAUUUUCAAUACAAGCACAAGCCAUUUGGCGCCGCCAACACUACCACCACCGAGUAAUGAUCCCAAUCACGAUCCAUUCAAUGAUUACGAAAUGCAAUACCAAGGCUACCAAGGUGGCAGUGCUCAGAACUACAAUCAAGCAUUUGUUCCCCACGUGUAUGACGAAGAAGAUCCAGAGGAGAAAGAGUUUGAUCAACGAAUUCAAUAUAACCAAUUUGAAGGUGAUCAUUAUGAUUUAGCCACUGCUAGUUAUGUCGAUGACGAUGCCCAACCUGAAUUUGUUCCCGUUGAAGAUACCAUUGAAGAAGGAGAAGAGGAAGAGGAAGAAGGACAAGAUGGACAAGGUCCGUUUGGUAAUCGAUUGCAGUUUCAAGAACCACCACUACAAGAAGAAGUUCGGUCUAAAAAACCAAUUAGAGCUAGUGGUAUCAAUGGCCAUUUGGUGUUAGAUUGUCCAGUUGCUGGUGAGUUGCUAAGCAAAUUCCCCGAUUACAAAGAAGGCGAAAAAGACGGCGGGUUGAGUCGAGAAUUUGCAUUUAUGAGAUACACUGCGGUUACUUGUGGUCCUUCAAACUUUUAUCGUGACGCUUACAUCUUGAGACCGGUCCAUUACCCAAUCCCGAGACAAACCGAGUUGAUGAUUGUGAUCACCAUGUACAACGAAGAUGACAUCUUGUUGGGCAGAACUUUAAAAGGUGUCUUUAAAAAUAUAAAGUAUUUGGAAUCGAAAAACAGAUCUAGUGUAUGGGGUAAAGAUUCGUGGAAGAAAAUCGUCGUUUGCAUUGUAAGCGAUGGCCGAACCAAAAUCAACGAAAGAGCUCAAGCUUUACUUGCUGGAUUGGGGGUUUACCAAGAAGGGUUGGCCAAGAGCAGAGUCGAUGACAAAAAAGUGCAGGCGCACAUGUAUGAAUACACCACCAGAGUCGGUAUAAGUUCAGUUUCAAACGACAUUGUUAAACUCACAACGGAAAAGAUUGUCCCCGUGCAAAUGUUGUUUUGCUUAAAAGAAACCAAUGCCAAAAAGAUCAACUCCCACCGGUGGUGUUUCCAAGCAAUCGGACAAGUGUUGGAUCCAAAAAUUGUCAUCUUGUUGGAUUGCGGCACUCAGCCCUCGGGUAAAUCGCUUUACAAGCUUUGGAAAGAAUUUGACCGCGACCACAGAGUUGCCGGUGCUUGUGGUGAAAUCACCGCAGCGCUUAAAAAGAGACAAAUGAUUACCAACCCACUUGUGUAUGGACAGAAUUUCGAAUACAAAAUUUCAAACAUUUUGGAUAAGCCGACUGAAUCUUCGUUUGGAUUUAUCUCAGUUUUACCCGGUGCCUUUUCCGCUUAUAGGAAUGUCGCUUUACAAAAUGACAUCAAUGGUAAAGGUCCAUUGGAGAAAUAUUUCAAAGGUGAGUUUCUUCACUCGUCAGGCACUUUGGACCCCCAGGAUGACGAAUACGAGAUGAAACGUGCCAUGUUGAAGGAAGAAGCUGGUAUCUUCACUUCCAACAUGUACUUGGCCGAAGAUCGUAUCUUGUGUUUCGAGCUUGUGGCUAAACGCGGAUGCAACUGGCUUCUAAGGUACUGCAAAUCAGCAUCUGCAGAAACCGAUGUUCCAGAAGGGUUAGCCGAAUUCAUUUUACAAAGAAGAAGAUGGCUAAAUGGGUCCUUUUUUGCAGCCAUCUAUGCCUUGGCCCAUUUUGCCAAAAUUUGGAGCAGCUCACACUCAUUUGGCAGAAAAAUCUUUUUCCAAAUUGAAUUCUUUUACCAAUUCAUCGGCUUGAUUGUUUCGUGGUUUUCCAUUGGCUCAUAUUUUCUUGUUUUCCGAAUCUUGACCACAUCGCUCACUGCGCCCGAGCUCAAUUUUUCACCAGGAAAUGUUCUCAGUGUGAUUUUCCUAUGGCUUUACCUUGCUUCGAUCGUCACCACGUUUGUCUUGUCGUUUGGUAACAAGCCAAAAGGUACCGAGCGCUUCUACAUUGUCAUUGUGGUUUUCUUUGCCAUUCUCAUGGCUUACAUGAUUUUCGCGGCAAUUUUCCUUGCUGUUCACUCGAUCCAAGCGAUCCACCAAUCAGGUAAUUUUACCGUGACCUUGUUUUUUGAAAAUGCCCAAUUCAGAGAUCUCAUUGUUGCCACAGCAUCCACCUAUGCCUUGUAUUUCGUUGCCAGUUUCCUUUAUUUUGAGCCAUGGCACAUGUUCACCUCGUUUGCCCAGUACAUUUUGUUGUCGCCGAGUUACAUCAACGUGCUCAACAUUUACGCAUUUUGUAACAUUGACGACGUGUCAUGGGGUACCAAAGGUGAUGUCGGUGGCAAGUCUCUUGGCGAGGCGAAAUUGCGCGAAGAUGGUACGUUUGACGUUAGUGUGCCGAUCCUCAAGGAAGAAAUCAAUCAAUCCUAUCUCAAUCAGCUUGAAAAAAUCCGGGAUCCAGCUCCACCGCCUGAAAAAGUGCUUGUGAAAAACGCCGAGGACUAUUAUGCAUUCAUUAGAUCCAUGACUGUUUUAAUCUGGAUGUUUUCAAACUUUAUCAUCAUUGCCUUGGUCUUGGAGACGGGCGGGUUCAACCAGUUUAACCCUGAAGGGGAAACUACUACACUCAGAAGCAACAGAAGCGAGAUUUUCUUAACUGUAAUACUUUGGACAGUAGCGUUUAUGGCCUUGUUCCGGUUCCUUGGCUGCAUUUACUAUUUGCUCAGUAGAAUGGGAAGACGGAUGAGAGGCAGCGAACACGCAACCAAAUCUUAG